AUGGCCACGGCCUCAUCGGACCCCUCUGCCAGCCCCAGCCCGGCCCCAGCGCUGGACCUGCACGCCGUGCCCAUGGUAGCCCUGAAUUACGGCGUUCGCCGCCGCCUCGGGCUCUACCUCAACCCGCGGGCGGCCGCGGCCGCGGACUGGACGGCGCUGGCGGAGGCGCUGGGAUGCAGCUUCCUGGAGAUCCGGCGGCUGGAAGGGCUGCCCGACCCCACGGCCACGCUGCUGGACGAGUGGUCGGGACGCUGUCCCGGCGGGGCCACGGUGGGGAAGCUCCUGGAUGUGCUGCGUAGCUUGGGUCGCGACGAUGUCCUGACGGACCUGGCCGGCAGCGUGGAGGAGGACUGUAAGAAGUACUGGCAGAGGAAGCAGGAGGAGGCCAACCAGCCUCUCCAAGUGCCAGCAGUGGACAGCAGUGUACCAAAGACAUCAGAGCUGAUGGGCAUCACCAUCAGGGAUGAUCCAUAUGGGAGUGGAACAGAGAUAUUUGAUGCCUUCAUCUGCUACUGUCAGAAAGACCUCCAGUUUGUCCAGGAGAUGAUCAAGGAGCUGGAGCAAACAGAGUUCAAACUGAAGCUCUGUGUAUUUGAUCGGGAUGUCUUGCCAGGAACCUGUGUGUGGUCCAUCAGUGGAGAACUUAUAGAGAGGAGGUGUCGGAGGAUGGUGGUUGUCGUUUCAGAUGAUUACUUGGAAAGCGACGAAUGUGAUUUCCAGACCAAAUUUGCUCUUAGUCUUUCCCCAGGUGCUCGUCACAAGCGGCUGAUUCCAGUCAAGUACAAAUCCAUGAAAAAUGAGUUUCCAAGUAUCUUACGGUUCAUUACGAUUUGUGACUACACCAAUCCUUGCACCAAAAAAUGGUUCUGGAGGAGACUGGCAAAAUCCCUCAUGCUGCCCUGAUGCAAUGUCCUGAGAGCUGGGUGCUCUUGUAACCUGUCCUGGCUGUGCCUUCGGACCAGGGGUGUCCUUGACACGGGGUCUUCCACCACUUCAGAACCUGGAUCCUUGCUUGGAGCCUGAGACUGGGAACAAAGAACUCUCUCCAGCACUUCUUCACAACUCUGAGGGGAAAUAAAGCAACUCUGUGGGUGUUCCGGGUUAAGUCAGUGAGCAGCAGCCUCCAGCAUUUGUGGAGUAAGCACUUUCACUAAAAAUACUGAAAAUACUCAGUUAAAGAGUGUCUGAUACAGGAAGACUGUUGUUAAAAUUAGCAAGACCUCAGAACCUCAAACUGCAGGUUUUGUCAAUGUUUCAAAAGCUAAAGUAACAUUGAGGCUUGUGGGAAUUUUACAAUAUUGGACAGGUCUGUUUCUAUUCAGGUCACUUUAUACCAGCAUUUAAUAUUCCCAGAUAUUACUAAAUUUUUACUUCUUCUUCAGGAGAAAUUCAAUCUUAAAAUACAUCUUUUCAGUGACAGUCCUUACUACACAAAGGAGGGGCUGCUGUUGCUCAUUGACUUGACCAAAGUGUGCAUCUCAGUGGGUCCAGAUCUGAAAUUCUUUCACCUUUAAAGGCCUUCCAAAACAGAGCAGCUUUUGGGAUGCCUCAAAGGCACAGGGCUAAACACUGAAUAAGGAGUGUAUUAAAUUGACAAUUGGGCUGUUUAAAAUAUGGAGGUGAAUGUUAUGUUAAUAUAAAAGAGCCUAAUUUAAUUAACUGCCACAAUAAUUACUGUAUUUCUGUGA